CGGUCUGUCUCCUCACUUGUGGAGCAGUUCAUUGAAACUCGAGCUGCUCCCAGAGAGGACUAAGCCCCAGCAGCAGCAGCAGCAGCAGCAGCAGCCCCGGCCCCAAGGCAGCGGAAGCCAAGCCAAGGAGACCCUUCCAAAGGGGGCUAGUGGUGUUGGGGUUUUAGACGGCCGGCUCUCUUCCAAGGGACUUUGCCUGCCCCAGGUCCGAGCAGCCCUCCAGCCAGAGCAGAAGGCACCAUGGCCAGAGGAGAGCAGCAGCAGCAGGAGGAGCAGCACCUGGGUGGAUGUCCCAGCAGCCACGCCGCCUGGCUCCAAAUCUGCCCGCAAGAAGUGGAGAGCCCCUCUGGCGCUUCCAAGGCGCAGAAGAUGUGCAUCUCCAGGCGGAUACUACUACUUGCACUCACCUUCCUGGCAUACACUGUUGAUUCUGUCUCUGCACAUGGCCCUGCAGAAACUCUCUGUGGUGGCGAGCUGGUGGACACCCUGCAAUUUGUCUGUGGGGACAGGGGUUUUUACUUCAGUAGGCCUGUGGGCAGAAACAGAGGAAGACACAACCGUGGCAUAGUGGAGGAGUGUUGCUUCCGGAGCUGUGAUCUUAAUCUCUUGGAAACCUACUGUGCAAAAUCUGUCAAAUCAGAGCGGGACCUCUCUUCAACAUCUCUUGUAGUCUUACCAGCACUAAACAAGGAUACCUUUCAGAAACCCUCUCACCCCAAGUACUCCAAAUAUGACAUAUGGCAGAAAAAGAGCUCACAGCGCCUGCAGAGAGGAGUCCCCAACAUCCAUCGUGCCCACAGAUAUCGAUGGCAGGCUGAAGGACUCCAAGAAUCUGAGGAAUCUAAGAUCCAUCGUCCCUUGAUAGUCUUGCCUACUCAGAAGCCUCUUGUUGUGCAAACCACCUCAGAAACAUCAGGCAGCCAGAAGUGAACUGUGAUGAACAAUUUGCAAAAUGGAUUCUUAAUAUUAUUAUUAAUAUUAUUAUUAUUAUUAUUUUUCCAGUCUCAUGGGAAAUCUUUCCCAGUCCUGGCCCCACCCUUUUCUCUCUCCAAAACCAAGGUAGAGACGGGGGAGGGCAAGUGCCCUUUAUACUGAAGAGCAAAAGAAAGAGGGCACCGUUAACACCAAACAACUGGCAUAGAAUGGGAUUACAGCGUCGGCGGUGGCAACAUCAGCAUCAGCAUUUCUGUGGCAUUGUCUUUAUUAUUAUUUUUUAAAAAAGAUUUCUUGGUUUUUCUUAUCCUGCCCAAUAUUUUUUUUGCCUUUACUUAAAAGGGACAGGUAAGGCACUUGAACUAUAUAAUAUUGGGCCACUGCCUUGUAGUCCAUAUGUCAAACAAUGAAGACAGAGCAAGAGAAGAUAAAUGACACUGAGAGAAUCCCAAUUUGUGUCUACAUUGACAAUAAAAGUGAAAGGGAUGUGUGACAUCUAAGAGUUUUAAAUUUUGGCCUUGUUUCCAUCCCAUUAUAUUGUUUGAGAAGUCCCAGUUAGUCUACAGUAUGUGUUUUGAGGGGUUCUUUUUUUAUUAUAUUUCUUUGCACGUUUUUAAAAGCCGGAGAAAGAAAUGACAAAGCCCACUACCUUAUUUUUAAUUACACAGUUCCAAAUGUACUUGCACCUUUUUAAAAAUCACCGAUGAAGUGAGAGAGAGACAGAGACCGAGUGAACAUAGGUUCACUUUAAUGGAGGAGGCGUCUGCAUUGCACAUUUGCCACAGAUUUAGUUGAAUUAUAUAAAAUAUAUAUUAUAUAUAACUUUUUUGUUUGGCAGAAAAAAAGCACUAUUUUUAAUGGGACCAUUUUUGUGUAUGUGUAGUUAACUGAAGCGGGAUUGUAAUGUUUAAAUGUUGUUAUGGUGCUAAUGUAAGUUGGAUGGGGGAAAUGAAUCCAGAAAAUUACAAGAGGGAGGGAUGGGAAGGACAAGAUCUCGAAAACUGAACUUGAAAUUUUUAGCUUUUCGUUUUAGGAAAGUGUGAUGUGUGUUCUUUUUUUUUUCUCUUCUAAAAUAUAGCUUGGUCAUGACCAUAUGAGCUAAUUGCCUUUCACUCAUAUACAUAAAAUGCAUGCACGUGCAGAAACACAAAUACAUCUAUAUGCAUUGUAGAUCCAGAAAUUGUCUUCCUCACAUCCUUCACUCAGUUUUUGAUAUCCUGAACCUAGAAUAUGCCUACUGCAAAGGCAGAAGCAUGUGCUUUGUGAGUAAUCCCAUUGGAUUUCAUGGAACAAUUCACUGUACAUAGAGCACUCAUUGGCCUUUGCAGCAUGAGGAGCACCCUCCUUUUAUUAGGCUUGUCAUUUUUAACCCCUGUCUCCCUCUUCCACCUUUUCUCUGAUCUGAUAGCUAUUUUUCAAUCAAAAAUUUUUGUCCAAAUGGGUAGUUCACAAAACUGACCCCCCCUCUCUAUAUCCUGCUGCUUCUUUUGCUUCUUGGGGAAGAUCCAGUCCUCCUGGGGACUUCCUUGAGCAUCCCAUUGAUUGGCAGCAAUAACAGAUAACAUGCUUGAAAACAUCAAGUUUUCCUUCUUUCUGCUCCAGCAAGGAGGGAAUGUACAGUUUGGUGUUUGACAGCAGAUUGAAGGACCAAGGAAAUGUAACAUAUCUGAAGAAGUUGGUCCCUCUUCUUUCUUGCUUCCCCCUUCCCUUGUGGUGCAAAACCAGAAUCUAACUUGAUGCAUCAGAAUAGGGAAAUUAACCAACCAGUUCCUUUGUUUGAUACCCAAGACUUGAUUGGAGAGGUGCGCCAAAGGUUUUUAAAAAUAAAAAAAAGUUUUUAAAAUUUCAUCAGUCUCACCUCAUCUAUCAAUUAAAGAACUGGGAAAUCCAUAUCCCUAGCAUAUAUACUCAGCUGCUUAGUAAAAAAAAAAAAGGGGGGGCAUCUAAUUGGAUCUGUACUUGCUUUGCCUUAUAUAUAGCUGUACAUUUUAAAGAACAUAAAAAUUACUUGAAUUGUAUUCUUUUUUUUAAUGGAAGGGUAGAGGGGUUUUUUUUGUUUGUUUUUUUUUUGUUUUUUUUGUUUUUGUUUUUGUCUCUGUUAUCAGUUUUUAAAAUUUGUAUCUUGCAAUCUUGAGCCAUGAAGCCUUUGAGGGUUUUAUUUUCCAUGGCACUGCAGAACACAACAAUUAAACCCCACCAGGUUUCAUUAAGGAAGGGAAAAAUUAAAUUGGCCUGUGAAACAAGAUUGAGGGGAGAAAAAAGAGCAACCGGCAAAAGGAGAUUAAAAGUUAAUGUUUACAAAACAAAAGCUUCCCUAGAAAAUCUUUACGAAAAGGUCCCCCCCUUUUAAAAAUAGUAAUGCAUAAUAAAAUAUGCUUCACCUGUAAGUAUCAAGGUUUCUUUAUCAUUUCCUCUCACUGUAUAUAUACUUUAAGGUAACAAGAGGGAUCACUUUCUUUUUUCAGCAUAACAGUAAUGAAAGGAAUGGGAAAUUAUCUAUAGUCUGGGAGCUCAGUUUUAUAAUAUUCUUAAGAGAACUGGAUCCCUAAGAAGUUAAAAGUAUGUGCUUUAUUUUGAGCUUGUGGAAUAUUGGUCUAAGUCAGUGGAAUGUUCAUACAUAAAGUUAAAUACUCCUAAAGUGCUUGUCAACUGGGGGAAUGUUUUAGUAGCCAGUGGGUUGGGGGGUCCACUGAGAAAGUAUAUAUGCUACCUGGCUUUCAAACAUUUACACCUUGGAAGUUGGUUCAAUACCUCUCUAGCUGUUGAGAAGAACACAGUUCAGAGUGGUUGUUGGAAUCCCCUUCCCUUGUUACAAUCAUUUACUUUAGUGCCAGAUGGAGGUAGAUUUUUUUUUCUUUUAUUUCGCCCUUACCUUUGGGGAAAAAAAUAAAAUAUGGAGACAAAGCCAAAUUUAAUUAAAAUCAAAAUUCCAAGGUUAUAAGUCUGGGCAAGAAAACUUCUAAAUCUGAUCAAAACAGUUAUGCUGGAGAGUACCUUGGCUGUUUGGCUUUCCUUUCCAGGUUGACAUUCACUGUUAAGGCCUUGGUCCUAUGCAUGCAUUUUGGGGGGCAAGCCUCUUUAAAGUGAUUUUAAUUAUAUUUGAUCUAGGUUGCCUAGAUUGUUUAUGCAAAACGAAUGCUGAGAUAGCUGGAAGAAAUAUGUUCUAGCACUGAGAUGUUUGAUAACUAUGCCAAGGGAAAUGCUCUAUUAUUCAGAUCACCUAGGUGCCUUGGAAAUAUUAAUUUGAUAAUAUUUCAGAUUGGCCCAGUAGACCUUGCACAUUCUGUACUUAGGGAAACAGUGGUUGAGAUCAAGCUAUCCUCAGACCUUCUUUUGCAGUGACCAUAAUGGAUUUGGCAAGGUUUCCUUGUUAAACAUAAAAGUAAUUGUAGAGCUCAACCCCUGUCAAAAAGCAGCAGAAGAGAGAGGGAGGGUGGCUGACUUUACAAUAGAAAACUGAGCACAACUCACCAGGAUUUAGGUGUAAAUUACCUUUACUGGUGUAGCACAAGUGGUUCUUAGGGCAUUUCUAGUUUACAAACUAAGUUUUCUUUUUCUUUUUGGUUUUUUUUUUUGGGGGGGGGGUGUUGUUGUUGGUAGGGUGGGGCAAACCCACUUAAAAAAACAGAUACAAAAACAUUGCUGGAUUCCAUCCUGGUCUGAUUUCUUCCACCCAUCUAGUUCAAAGCCACAAGUACUGGGUGGGAUGGAACAUGGUUCCCAAAACUGGUUCCACCAUCUUAACAGUCCCAUAACAAGCUUCAUCCAUUUCAUCCUGCCUGAUUGCAAAGGCUCAGUCUUUUUGGUGAUAGACCUAGCUGCCUCUGCACUAAAUGAAGGGAAGAAUUGUAUUUGUUGUUUUGGAAAAAAAAAACUUUGUUUUUGGAUUUGUGUGUGUAUGUGUGUUUCAUUGUAUGUAUUAUUGUCUGCUCAAGUUUUAUAUGGUGGGGGGGGGAUGGGAAGGGGGGGAAAUGGGAGUUGAUGUAUCUUGAAAUAUUUCACUUGUGUGCACUCAAUAUGCAAGACUCAAACUGCCCGGAUUCUGCACCUAUUGUACUUUUCAUUUGUAAUACAGUAUCAAUAAAGCAAUCAACUAUAAUGUU